AAGUCGUCGUCAUCAUCAUCAUCAUAUCAUCGUCCAUCCCUUCUACUACUGGCUACGGCAGUGCAGUAGUAGAGAGCGAGGGAGCAUUCCAUCACAUCCUGGUCGUCAUCACCCCGGAUCACUCCCCCACUCUUCUCUUCUCUUUCAUGCCAGAAGAAAACCACGCGACGCGACUGACGACGCUGGCGGAUCAUAAAAACCACGCCCCCAUAUAUUCAUUUGCUCUCAACUAACAAACCCAACCUCGCUUCGGUUGUCCGCCCGGCGCUGUCGACCUAUGGCUGCGGCGCUCGAAUGCUGGUCGAGCCGCGCGAGCACGGACGAGGACAUGGUCGAGCAGGUCCUGAUGCGCACCAACGACAGAUCCGAGGGCUUGCCGCCGCCGGACACCUCCUCCUCGUCCUCCUCUUCCGCCUCCGCCGCGGCUGCUGGACUGAAGGAGUCCUCGGCCAUGCAGAAGCGGUUUCAGAGGCUGAGCCGCAACGUGUCCGAGGCCAUCGCCUCCUUCAAGAACUCCCUCAAUCUCGACUCGGUCCGUGACUCGCCCCCGCCUUCGCGGACCGAGGGCUGUCGGAAGGUCGUCUGGGGCAGCGUUGUGCGGAACUUGACUCAGCUGUAUCCCGGUAGCCAGCUGCCGGAGAGGCUCGUUUCCAAUAUUCGGAAACACUACGAUUCAUUGCCACUCAGUUAUGCGCAGGCUGGAUUUGAUAUGAAAGAGGUGUUUGUGCAUAUCAAAUUGAUAGAACAGGCGUCGGUGGAGGACCAGCCAGCGAUUUUGAUUCAAGAGGUGUCCGAUGAGGAAGUCCAGGGGUCUGUUUUUAAGCUCACAUUUGCCUGUAACUCAUCGAUCUCGUGGCCAGCCAUGUCCGGAGCCCUCGAUAGCGCUUCGAUUUGUUGCAAGAAGAUUCAAAUCUUUGAGAAAAGGGGGUUCACGCUGGGAAUUGUUCUGCUUCUCGUUCAAUCUGGGCAAGAGAGAUUGUUCAAAAUCCGGAUUGAAAGUGCUCUCAAAUCUGCCCUGAAGAAGCCUAAAUCUACAACUAUGAAGCUUCCAUUUGGUUUAUGUGGGUGUCAGGAAGAAAAUACUAGAUGGAAAGAGCUUGGAGACAUCGAGGAGGAUUGCUGUGAACCGAAUUACAGAAAUGGGAUUGAGAAUUUAGCUGCUAAGAUUCAGCUUCAGAUGCCUUUACCCUCUUCAUCCUUUGUUGUUUCUGUGGACGAAUGGCAGACAGUGCAGUCAGGAGGGGAUGAGAUUGGCAAGUGGUUGCUGAACUCUGAUAGUCUUGAGUUUAUUGAUCAGAUUGGUCCCAAUACAUUCAAGGGAGUGUAUAAGGGCAAGAGGGUGGGAAUCGAGAAGCUCAAAGGGUGUGAUAAGGGAAAUUCAUAUGAAUUUGAGCUUCGAAAAGAUUUGCUGGAGCUGAUGACGUGUGGACAUAGGAAUAUUUUGCAGUUUUAUGGUGUUUGUGUGGAUGAAGUUCAUGGGUUAUGUGCUGUGACAAAGUUCAUGGAAGGUGGGUCAGUUCAGGAUCUUAUGAUGAAGAACAAGAAACUCCAGACUAAGGAAGUUAUAAGGAUUGCUGCUGAUGUUGCAGAAGGGAUCAAGUUCAUGAACGACCAUGGUGUAGCAUACAGAGAUCUCAACACACAGAGGAUCUUGUUGGAUCGACAUGGGAAUGCUUGUUUGGGAGACAUGGGCAUAAUCACUGCUUGCAAGAGUGUUGGUGAGGCAAUGGAGUAUGAAACUGAUGGAUUCAGAUGGCUAGCUCCUGAGAUUAUUGCAGGUGAUCCAGAGAGUGUUAUAGAAACGUGGAUGAGCAAUGUUUAUAGUUUUGGGAUGGUAAUCUGGGAGAUGUUGACAGGUGAGGCAGCCUAUUCUGCAUUUUCCCCUGUACAGGCUGCAGUUGGGAUAGCUGCUUGCGGGCUUAGACCUGAAAUCCCCAAGGACUGCCCGCAAAUCCUCAGAGCUCUAAUGAUGAAGUGCUGGAACAAUUGCCCCUCAAAGCGUCCUCAGUUCACUGAAAUUCUGUCCAUAUUGCUGCGCACCAACAACAACAGCAACAAUAGUAAGUAAAUGUUUUUGUGAUCUCUGUAGAACCUAAUCUACUAAAACUAAAUGUUAUGUACAAAGAGCCGUUAUCAACUAGGUGCUACCAUUCCCAUUUGUAGAUCUAGAAGUUCUCUUCUAUUUUCUGUCCAGAAAUGAAGAUGUAAAUCUUCUAUUUCAGCAUUACCAUUUAAUCGUUUUCUUACCGGAGUGCAGAAGAACAUAAAAAAGUGGGAAGAAUAUUAUAGGAUGAUUGUUUCCUUUUU